AUGCUCGGAGGCGAGCAAGGGAGAAGAGAGAGAAAAAAGGGGCUAGGGUUUAAGGUGCUCGGCGAAUACCACGGCGAUGGCGUCGGCGGCCAAGACCCUGGCGCGGGCGGGAUCCUCCCUCCUCGGCCGCCUCCUCCCGUCCCCGUCCACGUCUCCUUCGCUGCUGCUCCGCGCUGGCCUGCCGAUCGCCAGGCUCCAGGCGCACGUCCCGCCGCCGGCGCCGAAGGUGGACGCGUACGAGGCGGAGGCGGUCGCGAGGCUGAGCUCGCUCCCCGGCGAGAUCUCAUUCCCUUGCGGCCUCCCCUCGCUCCGCUUCUUCAUCGAUGACGGCAAGGAUCCUGUUGUUAAUGAGCCCCUUCAGCUACUCCCGAAAAGAACUUACCAGCCCAGUACCAUCAAGCGGAAAAGAACCCAUGGAUUUCUAACACGUAAAUCGACCAAGGGUGGGCGCAAGGUGAUUGCCCGGAGAAUCGCCAAAGGCAGGCACAGAAUUUCAGUGUAGCGAGAUCCUAUCACAGUUCUGGACGUCUUCUUCGCUGCAGAUUUGUAUGGCUUUUUGUAUGAACACCUAGGAUCUCAAAGUCGUUGUAUGGUUACUGGCCCCUCUGCUGAGGGCGAGCCCCAGCAGAAGCAUCAGAUGAGACCAUGUAUUGAAUUUUCCUUUCGUGAAACAAAUGUCCCGGGAAAUAAACUAGGCAAGGGACUGAUGAAAAUGCUUGUUUGGGUCA